UUAUGCGUUAAAAAAUUUCAAAAAUAUUGAUAAUAUUAAAGUGUUAUAACUAAAACAUGAGAAAUAAUAUAAAAUAGUGUUUUAUUACAAGAAAUUUAGUGUUUAAGUCUAAGCAACGACCGAAUAGUACAAAGGAUACGCGCACGCGUCAUAGUCGUAUGUGUUGGCCGAACUUUGAAAAAAAUAGCAAAUAAAUUUAUGAAACUUCAGAAUAACGUUCUGCUGUCAGUUGCGCUUUUGAAGGAUAUUUUUAAUAACGGUUUGUUCAUAGUUUAAUUUGUGUGUAUUUAAAAGUUUUUGUGCAAUUUUUGUGGCCGAAAUUUGUGUGAUUUUUUGUUUGGGAAAAUUUCAAGUACAUAUAUUAUAUUUCGGUCUACAAAUUCUCUACGCGCUUGAAAAUUUGUAUUAUUUUUUUUUUUUCGAAAAAGUGUUUGCUAUGAGUUCAGUGUGUUUGUAAUAUAAGCUUUAUAAAACAGAAAACCUUUCAAAGUAGAACGCUUGGCGAUUGGGCGCGGUCGUGCGGAAAGUGUAUUGAGCUGAGCUGCUGAUUCUUUCAUUGAAACUUACAACACUAAAACAUGGGGUUACAAAAACACUACCUCAGAUACGGACGCAGUGCGCGGGAUCACAUAUUGGGUUUGGCGGGCGGAGGGCGACGCAACACCAUUGUGAAAACCACCGGCGAUAAUGGACACAACGGCCACAAUGGCGGCCAUGGUACACAUCAUCGAUCCGAUGGUGGGGGUGGUGGCGGCGGAGAACACGGUGGUAUGCCAAAUUUAACCAGCCGCCCCACCCCGCUGUCCAUGCUAAUAUCACAAGGAGCUAAAAUCAAUAACCGUAAGUAA